UGGUCAAGAUGGAUGUGCUCCUUCCUCUACUCGUUUUCUCAGCACUGCCAUGCUUUGUUGUGCCUGAGGUUCCUUCUAAGGUCCCGUACCAAGCAGCGAUUGAGCUGGUCACAGGGGCACAAAGGAUCUUCUCUGGAGAGAAGCUCCAUCUCAGAUGUAGUGUUCCCGAGGACAAGAAGUCCAUUUGGAAAUACCUGUGGUUCAAGGGAAAUGACGAAAUUUUGGAGUCAGAGAACCUCAUACUGUAUGGGGUCAGCCUCACAGAGGAUGGGAAAUAUUACUGCCAAGGAGUGAGGAGCACUGCUGUAGGAACCCUGCACACUGUGGAAAGCAAGCCAUUGGAAAUCAACGUGGAUGGAGGGUGGGUUAUCCUGCGGGUAUCGCCCAAUCCGUGCUUGGUCGGAGAGACUUUGAGUGUGACCUGCCAAGUCCGCCACAACCCUAAGAUUGCAGAAGUGGCUCUGUACCGAAAUGAUGUUGAGGUCUUAAGACAAAAGGGGCCCAACCCGCAUCUUCAGCUGACUAACGUUACCCUCGGAGACCAAGGGAUGUAUACUUGCAGAGCCACCUGGGUCAAAGAAAGGCGUUCGCAGUCUUCAGUGUCGGUGGGCGUUGACGUUUCUGUCAUGGAGGUUCUUACAAAGCCGGUUUUGGAAAUGGUGUUGGGGGAUCCCCUGAUUCCAGCGAACAUGAUGAUGCUCAAGUGCCUUCUCCAGUACAACGCCCACGCCCCUGCCCCUCCACUGCACUUCUACUACUACAAGAAUGACUACAAGAUAGGAACCGCGUCCAGCAAGAACAGUUACGUCGUCAGUCAGACCCCAGGCGUGUACUACUGCAAGGCACGGGUGCCUGAAUUGGACCUGAUGAGGAAGAGUGACACUAAAACCUUUGGACUGAUCAGAGCAGCAGGGUUCUCCCCUCCCGGCCCGAUGGCAGUUCCAACCCGACCUCCGACCACGAACGAAAUCCAUCAGCCCGCAGGCUGUCCUCUGAGGCCCGUACAGUCUAUGGACAAACCUCUGCCCCCUGAAGAAGCGACACACCCCAACAAAGAAGCUGCUCCCCUGGACGACUUGAUGUCCGGGGAUGCUCCUGAUCUGUCGGACUCUUCUUUUGACUGAGUCGUGGAAUUAAAUGACUACACACAAUAAGGUCACUGACCAAAUCUUUAUUCAUUCAUCCCAAAUGUCCUGCUGCCUUUGCAAGCUUUUACAAAUGGCUGAAUCACCGUUGUUGUUAUGACGUAGUUGUGUUUUACAGUGUACCAAGUGUCAACGUAAUAAACCUAAUGUUGAAGUUUUAUUCAAUUAGCAGUAUAUUCCAUCAUGAUCAAGACAAUUCUCACCUGUCACGAUAGCAGAGCGAUUAAAGCAGUUUAUAAAUUAAAUGUACUACUUGAU